GAUCUCAAACACUGGCUAUUAAUCCUCUGGUCCAGCCCAUCUUCACGCCCUCCUGCAGCUGGUGCCCAGUGGAGAGAUUUGUUGGCAGAUGAUGGGGUGGAAGUUCAUUCCUUCUGAGAAAUGUUUCUCUCUGAGGCAGAGCAACGUGUGGCAGGAUGUGUGAAGGGCCAUCCAGGAUUUCUGGACCCAUUCCUCCAGACCCAGCGCUCUUUCCGGAGUAUUACAAACGUCCCCUCUCAGCUCAAGGGAGGCUGGAAGGAAAUGCUCAGAAGCUGUAUUUAACCUCCAGCCCCCUGGACUCAGUUGCCAGCCCCUACCCUGCCCUGGGCAGUGCCCGCCAGGCGCAGCCAGCCCCUCGCAUCCGCCCCAGCGGAAAGCUCUUCCUGGAGAGGGGACAGAAAGGGACACUGGGCCUCCUGCUGCAGCUCGAAGGGAUCUCUCUUGAUGGGGGGAUGCCAGCUAAGAGGAAAGAGGCCAAGGACUACGAGAAGGAAAACGUGAGGCGGAUAAAGGAGAUUCAGAAGAAGUGCAAAGAGAAGGAGCGAGCCCAAGAGCGCAGCCAGCCCAAGCCUGUGAAAGCUCUCUGGAAAUCCCAGAAAUACGAGAAUGUGGAGUCAAAGGUGAAGGCCAAACUGCAGGAGACCUCUCCACCUCCCAAUCCAGAGGCUGUGAAUUUCCUGCGGGCGUAUUCCCGCUGUGGCUCUGGGAUCAAGCCAUGCAGACCACUGUCCCCAAAGCCAGUCAGAGCAAAAGCAGGAGCAGACACAGAGGCUCCAGAGGCACAGGGGGCUGAAACCAAGGUGCAGGUGGAGGGCAGGAGCGUUGACUUCAUCAGGCACAACGCGUGCGCUGCCCGGCGGGCCCCGCUGCGCCGCUCGCAGUCCCUGCAGGCGCUGGCCGAGCUGCUGCAGCAGCGGCACCGCCAGCAGGAGGAAUACAACGCCAAGCAGAAGGGCCACGUCCCCCAGUACCUGCUGGAGAGGAAGGAGCUGUGGCGCAAGCAGACGGAGGAGCGGCUGCGAAACCUGCCGGACCCCGACACGCCGCCCGGGCACACCAUGAUGCCCGAGGGCCAGCGCCUGGAGACCCUCAGCAACCUGAAACAGAGCCAGGAGCAGCUGAUAAAGGAGCUGGUUCUGCUGCCAAUGCGUGGAGACAGCCUCAGGAUGCAGAAGAGGCGGGUAGAGCUCGAGAGGAAGCUCUCCCAGAUAGACGAGGCAAUCAAAAUUUUCUCAAGGCCGAAAGUCUUCAUCAAGUUGGACUCCUGAGCUGGUGGGGCCAGGUGUGCUGUGCUGCUCUGCCUGAACAUCCUUUGUUGCUGGGCAGGAAUGGACAUCACUUUGAGAGGGAAAAGAGGAAGCCAAGUUCCAGACCCUGGGCCCAUGCAGGUGCCAAUUACCGUGUCCAGUACACAGCUGGCAUCUCUUGCUCACCUUUCAGUGCUGUGUCUUGUCCACAGAAAAGGGAGGGAGAUGCCCUAAUAAAGGCCCUGCUCAGUGGUCUGGAGAACAGUUGUCUCUGCUGCUUGACUUCUCACAGAUCAGCUCUCUGCUCUGGAACUCUGGCAUCAGCUCUUACUUUCCCUUUUUUUCCUACUUCUAGAAACUGGUAGGAGGUCUCUUGUGCUGCUGCCUGUGGUAUUCCUUGUCAUUCUGCUGAGCUGGACUGUGGUCAUAGCUCAUCCUGAGCACCUGAGAGCUCAGGGAACAGCUUGGGGACAAGAAAAAAGCACAGAGCUUCAGUGUUUUCUGCCCAGGGAAGGGCUGAGCUGUCAGGAGGGUCUGGUCAGAUGUCUGGAGAAGCCUUUGUUGUCUAUGGGGCAGGAGAUACUCCAAUAAAUCAUCAUUUCCAUCUA